UACGAUUUUUGUCAGAAAAUAUAAUUUGUAUCGUGUUACUAUAGAAAUGGUUGAUUUCAGUUAGUUUAUCGCCGAUCUACAAGAUUUCGUGGUUAAAGUUGGUGUUUCAGUUGAGGUACAAUGAAUGAUUUACUUACAUACUAUCCCACUAAAGGUGGUUAUGUUGUCGGAAAAAGUUCAAGGGCUGAGCAUCCUAACAUCGAGAAGAUGCCUGACUAUAGACCUGAAGAAGACUUGGAUUUUCUGCCCAUUUUGGACCCAAAGAAAACUUCUACAAAGGCCACUCAAGUUGAGUCAAGCACAUAUGAAAGUCAAGUAUCUACUAUUGUUGACCCCAAUGAAGUGAUGUCACAUCUAGAUGAUGAAGAUAUAUUUGCAUGUGUGUACCUUGACAGCAACUCAGAAAAUGAGACAAUAAAUGUGGAUGACUUUCCUAAUGAACCAGAUGAGAGUGAUGAUGAUGAACUUCUUUAUCAACCUGAGAUAGAUGAUGAUGAAGAGAUCAACCUAACUUGUCAGAUUCAAGCAACACUAAACUCAACUGAAGAAUUCAAGUAAUAUGUUGUAGAAACUGACAACAUAGAUGGAGAUCACAAGUUGUCUGAAGGUCAAGAGUUUGUGGAGAAGUUGUUUGUUGGGCAGCAAUGGUUGAGUAAAGAACAUUGUAGGGACUAUUUAAAGAAUCUAGCACUUGACCUGAACCAUUCCAUUGUCCAAGUGAUAAACAAGAAAAAGCAACAAGAAUACAAAUGCAAAGAUGAGACUUGUCCAUGGAGGGUUUACUGCUCUGUACUUUCUGAUAAGCAAACAUUUGAAUGCAAAAAAGGUCAUUUUGUCCACACUUAUGAGGCAAUUCAUGGUAUCAAGCAUCCAUCGGUUAAUGCAAGAUGGGUAUCCAAGGUGAUGCUUGAAUCUUUCAAAGCACAUCCAAACUACAAGCCCAGGGACUUCAUGACUGAGGUAAAAAAGAAUCACAAGGUUGAAAUUUCAUACUAUACUGCUUGGCAUGCUUAUCAUCUGUGUAAUGAGAAAAUCUUGGGUAGUUAUGAGGAAGGGUAUUCAUUGCUGCCUGCAUUAUGUGACCAAAUUCUGAAGGAAAAUACCACAAACAUUGCUAAGUUAACAACUGACCCUUUGACUAAGAAGUUUAAGUCCCUGUGUGUGGCAUAUAGGGUGUCAUUAGAUGGUUUUGUGAAGUCUGCAAUACCUAUUCUAGGACUAGAUGGAUGCCAUUUAUCUGGAAAAUAUGGUGGUACUUUGUUGGCCAUUACAUGUCUUGAUGGAAACAAUGGUAUUUUUCCCAUUUCUAUAUACUUGUGUGAGUCAGAGUGUAAGGAAGAAUGGAUAAAUUUUCUAAGUAUAUUGGUUGAGGAAUUGAAGGCACAUCCCAAGGCUUUGAAUUUUAUUAGUGACAGGCAAAAGGGUUUGAUUGAAGGUGUUUCUGUAAAUUUCAGUGAUGUAAAUCACUUUCAUAGGUACUGCUUUAAACAUCUUUAUAAGAACUUUAAGAAGCUCCAUCCUGGCAAAAACCUUGAGUUUAUGACAUGGAGAGCAGCAAGGUCAUUUAGUGAGGUAGGUCAUAAAAUUUGGAUGGAUAGACUCAAAGAGGCCAAGGAAUCUGCACCAGCGUGGUUUGACAGAGAACCAGUUGAGACAUGGGCAAGAGCUUACUUUGAUAGGUCAUCAAAGUAUGAGCAUGUGACAUCAAAUUUUUGUGAAGCUUUUAAUUCAUGGAUUCUUGAUUUAAGGAGGAUGCCUGUAUGUAAGUUGGUUCAGAAGUUUCAUUUGCUUAUGAUGAGAAUUUUCUAUGAUAGAGAGCAAGUGGGUAAGAAAACUUCUUUUAUGAAAAUAAAAGUUACACAUGGCAUGUGUUACUUUGAUCUUCUUUUUUUAUGAAAAGACUUCUUUUAUUUACUCUUGGUUUAAGUUCAUUACAUCAUUGCAUCACAUGAUUACAUAACUAUUAUAAGAUAACAGUUACACAGAUUAUAUCUAGCAUUAGUUUAGUCGUGUUUCUGAUAAACCCAUUUGA